GUUUAUAUGUUGUUAAUUGUUUCCGAAUUCAACUUUAACUUUUUAUUAGAGAAAUAUAUAUAUAUGUUAAAAGAUUGUCAUUAGAAUUCUAUUAAAUCUUAUGAAAUGCCAAGAAAACCAUGUUAUUGGACACGUAAAUUGGAGUUAGAGCUGGUAGAAUUUGUACGACAAAGAGAAUUUAUAUGGAAGCCGGUAGGUAAUACCAAUCAUCAUAUUCAACAGAAAUACAAGGCUUACGCUGAAUUUGCUGCAAAUUUAGGAAGAGGAUUUACAGCCCGCUCUGUGAGAGACCGCUGGGUUAAUAUAAGGAGUACUUUUAACCAUAAUUUACGUCGAGUGGAUAAGUCCAAAGAGACAGCGAGAUCACAGUCUGAGGUGUAUGUACCAUGCUGGCCGCUCUGGAAGCCAUUACAGUUCCUCCAAACCAUUAAAAAUGAUACUAGCCAUUAUGAUGAUUAUCCAUCGCAAGACUAUAAAGAGUCGACGUCACAGAUCGAAGUCAAGGUAGAAGCAAGCGACUUGGAAGAAGCGCUCGGAAUAAGACAGAGAGUGCAAAGAACCGACCGACCGCGGCGGAGAGACAAACGGAAACAUAACGAUAAGUGUGUUCGAGUUAUAGAAGACCUAGCGAAGGCUGUGAGUCCUCUCGCGAGCGAUGAGCCAGGGACACAGUACUGGUUCCUUGGCCGACACGUCACUGAGAGGCUCAACGCUAUGGAGAAAAACAACGCAGACUGUGCCGCCCGAGACAUUAUUAAACUGUUUGAAUCCGGAACAGAACAGUACAAGAGAGAGUGUGGAUUAUAACUGAGAAAGGAUAAAAGUCUUAUCAGAAUAACCUGCCCGCUGCGAGCGAGAAGGUUUUAAAUAUUGCGAUUCACGGUUUCAUACUGUUAUUGUAUGAAGUAGAUCCGGUAACCGGGAGAGGCUGCGUGACCCUUAAGUGCAUAGACAUGAACUCGGACAGUUCUUUAUAGACAUACAGAAAGAGAAAGAGAAAUAUCACAAAUCGAAAGACGACGCCAACUUCGAGGGUCGGGAACAGAAUAUAGAAGGCAAAAAAAAACUAAAAAUAUAUUAUAGUUAAAGUUAAUUCAUCAACUAAAAGCGAGAUGAAACGGUCAUUGAACCGAAAUAACGAAGAAAAUCAUGACAACAAAAGAAAUGAACAUUCUGCUUGGACGGACGACGCUCUGUGUAGGAGGAAGGAACGGAAACACACGGGGACUAUACAGAGGAUGUGAAAAGAUUGUUGUUAUAAAUUAUUGACAUGCAGUCAAUACCUACACAUGAAGUGACACUGAAUGUAACGAAUGAUGAAUGAAUGAUUGAAUGUAUAUUUAGAAUUGUUUUCACGUUCAGUAUUAUUUUUCAUGGAUAUACAUUGAUAUUUUAAUCUAUUGAACUCAAAACUUAUGUACAAUGAAACAUAUCCCUGAAUGUUGCGUCCAAAUAACCUUUAUUCUCUUCCAUUUAAGAUUUACCAAUUAUAUUGCUAUUACAGGUUAAUAUUCGUUAGAUAGAGAAAGGUCUGGAUCUCAAUAAACUUAAAUUUAAAAAUUA